GCGCCUGGGAACGGGCAGCCGGCGCAGCUGAAAGCAUAUGUUGUAUGCCAAGAUCCCCGGAUCGUGGUGGUACCUCGGUUCUUCAGCGAGGCUGAGUGUCAACAUCUCUUGGAGCUCGUGCAGGGCUCCUGGAUACCAUCUUUGGUCGGCUCCACCGACAACCGCUCCGAAGAGGAUUACGACAAAGGGAACCUGGAGAACACCCUGGCAUCCACCAGGACAUCCUGGUCGUGCAUGCUGCGGUAUGCCCAGACCUCCAUCGUGGAGCGUCUCGAGCAGCGUCUAUGUGCCCUGGGUGGCCGGCAAAUGGAAACGCUGGAGCGGAUGAAUAUGGUCCGGUAUGCUCCGGGCGAGUACUUCAAGGAGCAUCACGAUGGUAAGUUCCGGCCGCUGACA